UGGCGUUGAUGGAAGCAUUCGUUGGCGAAUUGAUCGAUCUCAAUGUAAGCGAGGAGCUGAAAAACCAUAUUAACUCUAGUGCAACCAACUUGGGUGAUCCAGAAGACAAUACUUCACGGGAUAACCUGAAAUUAAACGACGAGUUCCGUGAACUGAAAAAUGAACUCAAAUGUGCAAAAAUUGAAUUAGGCUACUCGAAAAGGCUACUGAGUGAGUUAGAAAGGUCGGUGGAAAACCAACAAUUACUUAUUUCCAAUUUAACAUCAAACCAAAACAAACCCAGGAAAAUGACCUUGCACCAGGGAAAUACCGACGUUGCCACUAUGACAAAUUUUUCUAGGGCUAACGGAAAAAGUCAAAAAUCUGAUGUUGCCACGUCGGUGAGUGUGUCAGACAAUGGCAGGAAAAAUGAAGUUGUCAAGUUCCCGCCUCCCUCGGUGAAGAUUGACCCCAAACUACAACCUAACACAGAGGAGAAAAUAAUCAAGAAAUUGGAACGUCCGAUGAGCAUCACAGUUGGGCAAAAUCGAAAUUCAGAAGAUUUCACCGGAAUUCCAAAAUUAUGCUGGUUACAUCUGGGUAGAGUUAACAUGAAUACAAAUAGGGAACAAAUAUUGGAUCAUCUUAAGAAGACCUUUGGGAGAGAUGACUUCGUCGUGGAACAGCUGCCUAAAAGGGAUGAUGCGAAGAGUAUAUCGUUUAAGAUCGGAGCUGAUAUCAGUUUAUUAAGUGACGUUUAUGCCGGGGAUAAAUGGCCUGAGAAUGUGACGCUCCGGAGGUAUUUCUUUCGAGGCUCCAACAGAGCGCAAUGGUCGAACUAGUGACAAAGACGAGGCUCGUAGAAACAACUCAGGUAAGAGAAAAGCAAAGUUCAUAGUAUUGAAUCAGAAUAUACAGGGAAUAAGAAGAAAGAUCACAUUGUUAGGUAUUGUUUCUGAGGUUAAAAAAUGUGAUGCAAUUUGUAUCACAGAGCAUUUUCUGACGACUGAAUCCCUGAAAUAUCUUAAUGUUAGUGGAUAUGUUGUUGCCUCUGCUUUAUGUAGAACAUCCUAUAGGCGAGGUGGGGUGAUGGUUCUCGUCAGGAAUGGCGUUCCGACUGAGGAUAUUCAGUCCAUCAGGGAAAUGUCCGUUGAGAAGGUCACAGAAAUGGUUGCUGUUAGAUAUCCUGAAAAAAAUAUUUUAUUAUUGGCUGUGUACAGGGUGCCUGAUGGCGAUUUUGGGGUUUUUUUGGAUAUAUUUUCUGACGCUCUCCAGGAAUUAUGCCAGUUGAAGGACUUUAGGGUUGUUGUGGCAGGAGAUUUUAAUGUUGAUUUCAGAGGGGAUAGCACAGAAAAAAACAGAUUGCUGGACCUCAUAGAAACAUUCGGAUUACGAAUCACAACUACAGAACCAUCGAGGACGACUAAAACAUCAUCAAAGUGCAUAGACAAUAUCAUGACAAACUUGAGUGAAAACGACACCACAACCGAAACAGAGGAGCUACAUUUCUCGGACCACAGGGCUCAGAUAUUCACUUACAUGCAUGAAGAUGAGAACCACAAACGACAGGAACACAUUUAUAAACGAAACAUGGGAAAAAAAUGUAUUCGGAAGUUGAGAAGAGCGAUAAGGGAAUUUGACUGGGAGAGUUUGUUGUCGGGAAAGUCAGCGCAAGAAGCGUACACCUCCUUCCACGAUAACCUUGUUGUAAUGAUAGAGUCCUUUUGUCCUAUUCAGAGAAAGCUGGUGAAGAAGUGUAAGGCUAAAAAUUCAAUACCGUCGGAUCUGAAAAAUGCAAAAAAUGAGUUGGAAAUUCUGGCCCUACAGGCUAUGCUAAGAAGAGAAGAUACUAUAUAUGAACUAUACAGAAGAAAAAAAAAGCAAUUUUUUGAAAGGCUCGAAAAUCAUAAAAGAGAAACAAUGGAAAACAUGGUAUCUAGGGCAGAAAAUAAAACGAAGGUUAUAUGGAGGAUAAUAAAUGAAAACGUAAGGUCAAAGAGGAGACAGGAUCCUGGGGGUCGAUUGAAAGUGGAGAGUAUCAGUGAAUACUUUUCGAGGAUUGGCGAAGAGCUAUCGGAGAACUUGCCA